UAUAAAUUUGUGACAAAAAUCGGUUGAAAGUGAUUUUCAGUUCAGUCUGUUUAACAUAUCGGAAGUUCGUUGUUUGCAUAUAGUUUGAAUACGAUGGCGUUUAUAUUCGGAAGUAUUUCUACCGAUAUCUUGGCCCUCGUUGCCAUUUUAUCGGCUGCCGUAUAUUUCUACGUAACUCAACAUAAAUAUUCCUACUGGAAACGACUGGGAAUCAAACAAAUAUCACCGACUUUUCCGUUCGGUAACUUUGCUGCGGCAUUCCUGCAAAUCAACCAUAUCGGACUUUAUCUGCAAGAUAUCUAUACGAAAACGAAAGAACCAUUCCUUGGCCUGUACUCUGGCUUCAAACCAAUGCUACUAGUCAACGAUCCGGAAUUGAUCCGUUUGGUAUUUAUCAAGGACUUUCAACAUUUCCAGGAUCGUGGAAUGUAUAUCGACGAGGAGCGAGAUCCAUUAUCAGGCCAUUUGUUUUCAAUGAAUGGCGAUAAAUGGAAAAACCUAAGAAAUAAACUUUCCCCCACUUUUACUUCCGGAAAGUUGAAAGCAAUGUUUCCAACCCUCGUUGAGUGCGGUGAUUCUCUGUUGAAAUUUGUCGAUAAAUACGCCGAAAAAGGGCAAACUCUUGAGAUGCGUGAUAUCUUAGCACGAUACACAACAAAUAUUAUUGCCUCGGUGGCGUUCGGUAUUGACAUUGAUUGCAUCGCAAACGAAGACGAAUCGUUCCGAAAAUACGGAAAGAAAGUUUUCGAGCCAUCGUUUGGAAAUGCAUUCCGUGGACUGACAGGGUUUAUAUUCCCGAAAUUGAUGCCCAUACUGAAUUUGAAGUCUGUGUCUCAAGAUGUUGAAGAUUUCAUAUUGUCAAUGACGCGACAGUCAUUAGAAUAUCGCGAAAGGAACAACGUUACGCGAAAAGAUUUCCUACAAUUGAUGGUGCAGUUACGAAAUACCGGUGUCGUACAGUCUGAUGGUGAUUGGGAAACUAAGAUCAUUCAUGAUGAAUCGAAAAAGACAUUGAGUGUUGAAGAGGUAGCGGCUCAAAGUUUUGUCUUCCUAGUUGCUGGUUUCGAAACGUCUUCCAACACAAUGAGUUAUUGUUUGUACGAACUCGCUCGAAACCCCGAAUAUCAAAAAAAGGUUCAACAAGAAAUAGCUGAUGUCCUCAACAAACACAACGGUGAAAUUACUUACGAGUCAAUAUCGGAAAUGCAUCUGUUAGAAUGCUGCAUUGACGAAACCCUCAGAAUGUAUCCACCCCUCUUGCUGUUAACCAGGGAAUGUACCAAAGACUGGCAAAUACCGGGCACCGAUACUAUCAUUAAAAAGGGCAUACAAGUAGCCAUUCCUGCGUUUGCAUUGCAAAGAGACGAAAAGUAUUACCCGAAUCCGAAUCAAUUCACACCGGAAAGAUUUAAUGCGGAAAAUUCGGCUGGAAAAUCCUUUGUCGAUCGACCAUACAUGCCGUUCGGCGAAGGUCCGAGAUUGUGCAUCGGAAUGAGACUGGGAAAAAUGCAGUCCAAAGUCGGUUUGGUGUUGAUGUUGAAAAAUUAUAAUUUCGAAUUAACUGGAAGUACAUUGAAACCGCUACUGAUUAAUCCAAGCAGUUUCGUUAUAUCACCUGUGGGUGGCUUACCACUGAAAAUAUCGAAGCGCUAGUUUAUAUGGGCAGUUUUGCGCAGGGCCUAUUUUUGGCAAAUUAUUUUGGAAAA